AUGAAGCGUUACCAAGCAACAAGGUUGUGUCAUACUGUGUUCUUCCAUGAUAUAAGUAUACAUCACUCGGUAAAGCAAGAAGCGGCUACAGGUGACGCUACGGGCGGAUCAGCAGCUAUAGGUGCUCAAGGUGCCAGAUCAUAUUUCCAGUAUGAGCUUAAUAUCCCUGACGAAGUGUAUGAAGGGACGCGUUUAGCCAUUGAUACCAACUGUCAAGGUAGCAUUACGGUUGGAUAG